UUUUUUUAAUUUGGCAUUAAAUCAGCAUUUGGUGAUUGUGACAUGGCAAUUUAUGGAGAAGAAAAAUUCUUUGAAUCCUUGAAAAAAGAACCUGAAGACAGAAAUAAUGACGAUCACCAAAUCAUAUAUUCAUAUUUACAUGGAUUAGAGGCCCUUCGAACUCUCCGAGAGGCAUCUCUACGCAUGCUCAGCAAAACAGUGCGAUACGAGGCGUAUGAUGCGAAUGAUAUCCUCUAUUGCCGUGGAGAAUUGAGUACAUGUUGGUACAUAUUGCUUUCUGGAUCAGUGUUCAUUGAUGGCUCCAUGUACCUUCCUCGAAGCAGCUUUGGGAAGCGUUCUGGUGGAAGUGGAAGAAGGGUCAACGAAUGCCUCAUCUUGGAACCAUCCGAGAUGAUUGUGAUUGACUAUCCAGAUGUUCAAUUGAUGAGACCUGGCCAAAGGCAGUCAUGUACAACUAUGAACUUAGAGAAAUUACUUGCUUUAGAACAAGAGGAAGUUACCAUAUCCUUAGACACUCGACAACGCUAUCACUCUGAAGGCUGUGAUGACAACUAUCGACCCCAUCGCUUACAGCUUCCUCUGGAGUUCCCAUCAAUGCUCCUCCGUGGGGAAGCCCUUCUCAAGAGCUCCAACCGCAACUCUCACAGCAGUGACUCCUCAUCUGCUUACUCGGGAUCGGACACCAUGCAGUCCGUGCAAUCUUCACUGGAGGAUCAGGAGGUGGAUCUGUCUGGACUUAUUGAAAGCAUUGUUGAUUCUGAUGAAGAGGAGGACUUAGCCGAGUCUCUAAAUAGUCUUACAGUGAGAGAUACUGUCAGGGAAUGCCUGGAGAAGGAUCCUUGCGAACGAACAGAAGAUGAUAUUGAAGUGCUUUUAGAGUUUAUGCAGCAUUUACCUGCAUUUGCUAACAUGACUUUAACGAUUCGAAGAGCCCUUUGUGCUGUGAUGGUCUUUGCGGUUGUCGAGAAAGCUGGGACUAUUGUAAUGAAUGAUGGAGAAGAGCUUGAUUCAUGGUCAGUCAUCGUCAAUGGUCAUGUUGAAGUUGAGCAGCAAGAUGGAAGAGUUGAAGAACUUCAUCUUGGAGACAGUUUUGGAAUUACUCCUACCACUGAGAAAAUGUACCAUCAAGGUGUGAUGCGAACAAAAGUUGACGAUUGCCAGUUUGUGUGCAUUGCUCAGAGCGAUUACUACAGGAUUCUUCACCAAGGAGAAGAAAACACAAGGAAGCAUGAAGAGGAUGGUGAAGUUGUUCUAGUCACUGAACACAGAGUACUUGAUGGCGGAAGUCGGAGAGGUCACAUUGUCAUCAGGGGUUCAAUUGAAAGGUUGUUGGCACAUUUGGUUGAAGACAAUGCUUUGGAUCCUAGCUAUGUAGAAGAUUUUCUAUUAACUUAUCGAACUUUUAUUAAGAAUCCUCUUACUAUCACAGAAAAUCUACUCAGAUGGUUUGCUGAUCCUCAUUUAAGAGAUAAGGUGACUAGAGUGGUAUUAUUAUGGGUCAACAAUCAUUUCACCGAUUUUGAGACUGAUCCCGAAAUGAUGGAAUUCCUGGAAAAAUUUGAAGCAGGUUUAGAGAAAGAAAAGAUGCAAAGUCAGUUGAGGUUAUUGAACAUUGCUUGUGCAACAAAAGCUCGCAACAGGACUGUGACUUUGGCUAGAUCUACACGAGAUGAAGUUCUGCAUUUCCAUAUACUUGGAGGCUACGAAAGAGGGUUUGGAGUGUUUGUUUCUAAAGUCGACAAAGGAUCCAAAGCUGAAGAAGUUGGCUUGAAAAGAGGAGAUCAGAUUUUGGAAGUGAAUGGUCAAAGUUUUGAACAUAUGAGUCAUGCUCGUGCAUUAGAGGUCCUUAGAGGAACAACACAUCUUUGCAUUACUGUGAGAUCUAACUUAUUAGGUUUCAAAGAAAUGCUAAAUACUCCCGAAAAUUCUCCACAUUCGAGAAGUCGCAAAGCUUCAGAAAUCGCUAGAUUGCAACAUGAUCCCCAAGCCAGGUUAUCAACGCAUUUUGACUGGAAUGAUGUUACUUUUCCAUUAGGAGUGAGUGGCUAUCCACUUGACGUAGUCCCUGUUUUCCAAGCACCUACUUCACCUACAAAGGCUGUCAGGUCUAACAGCAAUAACAGCGGAGAUCUGAAGAAAGAAGAGAAGAAGGGAUUUAUGACACUAGGCAAUCGAGCUAAGCUUAAGAAAGCUAUUGUAAAAAUGAUCAUACCAAAGACACUUAAUCAUGAAUCUCAGUUGAACAGCUCUGAUGAUAGCCUGUAUUCAAUCCACAGUGGAAGUAGUGGUGGUUCUGGGGGGUUAGGUGUAAGGACAGCAUCACCUCAUAGGACUGCAGGUGGGACCUUGUAUCAUAGUCACAGUAAUCCUGAUUUGUCGUCAUUAACUGCCUUAAAUGAACAGUCAUUAUCACUCGACUACCCUGAGCAUGUUCUCAAAAUUUAUAAAUCGGACCAGACAUUUAAGUUCCUUCUUGUUCAUAAGGAAACCACUGCUAGGGAAGUAGUAAUGUUGUCGUUACGAGAAUUUGGCAUAUCGGACCCUAGCAGUAAUUAUUCAUUACGAGAAGUUUCUGUUGGAGAUGGUGGUGUUGUUAAACAACGUCGAUUGCCAGACCAAUUGCAGAAUUUAGCUGAAAGGAUUGGUUUGAGCAGUCGUUAUUAUUUGAAGAAUAAUUCUUCAACAGAGCCUCUUGUUCCUGAUGAAUUAGCUACAGAGCUUUUGCGGGACAGUCAAGUGCACUUCUUACAUUUAAAUAGUGUGGAGGUAGCCACACAAUUAACACUAGAAGAUUUUAGUACGUUUAGACAAAUUGAACCUACUGAAUACAUAGAUGAUUUAUUUGAAGUUAGCUCUAAGUAUGGAAUUCCACAAUUAUCAAAGUUUGCUGAGUUGGUAAAUCGAGAGAUGUUUUGGGUAGUUACUGAAGUAUGUGCGGAACAUCAAUUAAUCCGAAGAAUGAAAAUUGUUAAGCAGUUUAUCAAAGUUGCAAAGCAGUGCAAAGUUUGCAAAAAUUUUAAUUCCAUGUUUGCCAUACUAAGUGGUUUAGGACACGGAGCUGUUUCAAGGCUAAGAAUGACCUGGGAAAAACUCCCUACAAAAUAUCAAAAAUUGUUUUCAGAUUUACAAGGUUUAAUGGAUCCUUCCAGAAAUAUGUGUAAAUAUCGAAAUCUCUUAAAUAGUGAACAUACACAGCCACCUAUCAUUCCAUUUUAUCCUGUUGUAAAAAAAGAUCUAACAUUUAUUCACCUAGGAAAUGAUACCUUUGUAGAUAGUUUGGUCAACUUUGAAAAAUUGAGAAUGAUUGCCAAAGAAAUUCGACAACUAAUGAAUAUGUGUUCUGCACCCUAUGAUUUAUUUAGCAUGUUAGAAAUUGGAGGGGCACAUCCUACUGCUGCAAUGGCAUCUCUAAAUAGUUUUGCUACUACAACUAAUGCUGCUACUGUCAAGAAAAGGAAAAAGAGCACGACACAGCCCAAUCCAAAGAAAAUGUUUGAAGAGGCUCAAAUGGUGCGCAGGGUGAAAACGUAUCUAGCCAACUUAAAAGUAAUUUCCGAUGAAGAAAAACUCAGGACAAUGUCUUUAGAAUGCGAGCCAACAACAGCUGUACCAAUGACUAUGCCUGUUGUACCUCAAGUCCAACAGCCUAGGAAGCGACACCCUUCACCCACACUAUCAACCACAAGCAGUACGAGUAGCACAUCUGAAGGGAAGAAAUCUCUGAAUGCUGGCCCAAAAUUUGGUGCCGACUCUCCUCAAGCUGUCCGGAAGCUGCUGGCACUUUCGGAUCAGAGUAAAGUACGUCCGCACCAACCUCCUCGUCAUCAUCAUUCCUUGUCCCCAUCUCCAUCUCCGAACGCCAUUCGAAGAAAGCAUGAUGGGAGGCAAGGCCACGGCCGCUCACACAGCGACACUGCAAAUCCUUCUGUCCUGCCCGUAGAUCUGAGUGCAGAGAGCUCCAGCGUGACUGCCCUCAGUAAUCUCCCCUUGAGAAAAUCUCAAACCUCGGGCUCUGUGACAUCAAGCGAUAGCAGCAGUACUGGUAGUUAUCAUCAUCACACCUUGUAUGAAAUAGAUUCUGGUCAUGCUACUAGCCUCGAUAGCCAUAGCAGCAGUUCUCUAGGUUCAUCUAAUUCCCCUCCACAGCAAAGAAAUCAGCACAUGGUAUCUCACUCACCUCCAGUAGUGCGUAUGCGAUCAUUCCCUCAUAUGAGUGUCAUGCCCACAAUACCAGGAGCUCAAGUAGUACCACAUACAACACAUGUGCUCCCUCCCCCUCCUCCUCCAAGAAGUGCACCUCCUCCCUACCCACGUUCCCAACGACCUCCCGAUUAUUCCAUUGCGGCUCAGAUGGCUGCCCGGAGCAGGCAAAUGGUGCUUGGGAGAGCACACAGUUUAGAAGGAAGUAACAAUUACUACGGGGAUGUGACAGACCCAGAUGAUGAUGAUGAUGAAACCCAAGUAUCUGCCGUGUGAAAUUUUUGAAUUUCUCCGACAUGGGUCAUGUGAUUUUAUGUCCUGCAGCUCCGACUCGCAUUUCAUCUGUUUGGACAAAGUGUUGUGCUUUACAGAUAGUGCCCGUAAAAUCAAAAAAAUUUCUCCCCUCUUUCGUUUUUGAUGAAAAAAUGAAGUGCAAACAUAGACAGCCGAGUCAUAUUGCUGCACAUACCAAAGAACAAGCUGUAAGAGAUGGAUGCAUUGUCGUUCUGGCGUUUGCAUCUUCCAGAGCCAACUUUUCUCAUCUGUGUUUUGAAUGUGCUUGCUUGUAUAUGUAACAGUCCUGUAAAUAGUGACAUAUAGUGAUAAUUGACCAAGUAGGUUUUUUGAACAUUGUAAAGCUAGUUCUAUAUGCAGUGUUCUUUGUGGAAGUGCUGCAUGAUAUUCUAAAAUGAACUAUUUUAUCAAGUGGUAAAUUAGUACAAAAUAUGUGAAUGCAGGUUUUAACUUUGUACUUGUCAGAGCCUCUUUAUAUACAUUAUCAUAUUCAUUUGUUUAUAUUAAUGUUUUUAGAUCUUUUUCUAAAACUUCAUCAUGAUCAAUCAACAUUCUGAAGAAAACGUCUUUCAGGACACGCAUCAUUUUUUCAUUACUCCCACAUACCCUCCAGUUUGUAAAUAAUUUUAGCGAAUAUAUUUUGUUCAUUUCCCCCCUGUUAUCCAUAAAUUACAUUUAUAAAUUCUAAUAUAAUAAAAAUUUCAUUAUUCUAUUAUUUCAUUUUUUACAGUGAGGCCAUACUUAAUGUAACAUCCCAUGUUCAAUAAAAAGAUCUAAGUA